AUGAUGAAAAAAAAAAAAGCGCGGGAAUCGAGCGCGAGAGCGAGACCGAGACCGAGACCGAGACCGAGACCGAGACCGAGAGCGUACGGUAAAAACUGGACGUGCGUCGAGAUUCGAUUAGUGCAACAGGGGCACAGUUGCACCGAGGGAACGAACACGAAGAAAAAAAAGCCCGGUGAUCGAAACCGAGACCGAGACCCAGAGCGAGCGCCAGACGAGAACGUACGGUAA